GAUGAAGAGGAGGAUGAAGAGGAGGAUGAAGAGGAGGAUGAAGAGGAGGAUGAAGAGGAGGAUGUUCUGCUGUCAGAUGAAUCCAGCCUCAGCUCUCCGCGGCUCCGUCACACCGUCUCUCCUCCUCGGUUCUUCCUCCGACCGGAGCUCCGGAGCCGCCGGUGGCUCCGAGCGCUGCCAGCCCGGGAUGCUGCACCGACUCCCGGCCAGGACGCAAAGUUCACCCCGGCGGAGAGGAGCGGAGAUCCGCGGAGAGUUCACGGACUGAAGAGGACAAACUGCGACCUGAGAGUUCUUCUUCAUCUCUGGGGAUCCUCAUCACUUCCUGUCAGCUGGACCUAGUGAAACCUCCUCUGAUUGGUUGCUCCCCCCGCCGCCAGGAUGCCCAUCAUCAGCAACGCCAACAACGACUUCAGCACCUACUCUGUCAGCAGCGAUGACAGCAGCCUCGACCGCUUCUUCACCGAGAUCCCAGAAACCGAGACCCUCAAAGGCGUCUACUUCCAGCGGGCCCAGCGGCUCCGCAAUCCGAAGGCCUCCUACGUGGUCGACCACACCCUGCAGGUGCUGGUCAACGUGGGGGGGAACCGCUACACCUUCCCCUGGAGCACCCUGGAGCAGUUCCCCCAGAGCCGGUUGGGACGCCUGCGGUUCUGCACCACGCCGGAGGAGAUCGCUCGGCUCUGUGACGACUACGACGAGACGGCCCGGGAGUACUUCUUCGACCGGAACCCGACGGCCUUCCGGGUCAUCCUCAACUUCCUUGCCGCCGGGAAGCUCCGCCUCCUUCGGGAACUCUGCGCUGUGUCGCUGCAUGACGAGCUGGACUACUGGGGCGUGGACCCAGGUCACAUGGAGCGGUGCUGCCGGCGCCGCAUGAUGACCCGGGUGGAGGAGGUGGCCGACAGGGAGCGGAAGGAGGAGGAGUGGCGGCAGAAGAGGCUGGUGCUGAAGAAGACGGCGCUGCAGGCGGACCAGGGCCGGCGCCGGCUGGUCGCCACCCUCAGGGAGGUGAUGGAAAACCCUCAUUCUGGGCUGGCGGGGAAGGUGUUCGCCUGCCUGUCCAUCGUCAUGGUGAUGGUCACCGUCAUCAGCCUCUGCAUCAGCACCAUGCCGGAUCUGAGGGACGAAGAAACCAGGGGCGAGUGCUCCCAGAAGUGCCACAACAUGUUUGUGGUUGAGUCCAUCUGCGUUGCCUGGUUCACGUUGGAGUUCAUGCUUCGCUUCAUCAAUGCUCAGAGCAAGCUGGCGUUUGCUCGCGGCCCGCUGAACAUCAUCGACGCCAUCGCCAUCCUGCCGUACUACGUGUCUCUGGUGGUGGACGUCCGGGACCCGUCGCAGGAGGAUGUGAUCAUGGGCGCCGGCCGAGGCUACCUGGACAAGCUGAGCCUGAUCCUGCGGUUGCUGCGGGCGCUGAGGAUCCUGUACGUGAUGCGACUGGCCCGCCACUCGCUGGGCCUGCAGACGCUGGGGCUGACCAUGCAGCGCAGCAUGCGGGAGUUCGGCCUGCUGCUGCUCUUUGUCUGCGUCGCCGUCACGCUCUUCUCGCCGCUGGUCCACCUGGCCGAGAGCGAGCUGGCCCCGUUCGCCUCCUCGCACCCCCACCACAGUUUCAGCAGCAUCCCGGCCUCCUACUGGUGGGCCAUCAUCUCCAUGACGACGGUAGGCUAUGGCGACAUGGUGCCGCGCAGCAUCCCCGGCCAGAUAGUGGCGCUGACCAGCAUCUUGAGCGGCAUCCUCAUCAUGGCAUUCCCGGCCACCUCCAUCUUCCACACCUUCUCCAGGUCCUACCAGGAGCUGAAGCAGGAGUACGAGCGGCUGUGGAAGGAGGAGCGGGAUGAGGAGGUCGCGGCCGAGUCCGAGGAGAGCUGGACCAAGGCGGAGCUGUCAGCUGACGGGAUCACGGCCAAUCAGGACAAUGAUGGUGUGACGUCAGGAAACACUCAUCAGUUACCAUCCACAGCGUUCUAACAGAGUCCUGAUGUGUGGAGAUUCUUUAAAAGUAGAUUUAGACUCCAAACACCUGGACUCUCAGUAGACUUCAGAUCUGUUCCAUGUUCUGGGUUUACCAUCUUCCAACAAACUAUCUGCUGAGAUCAGGUCACAUUUGAAUAUUUUUCUGUGGGUAGAAAUCAACUUCAGUAGUGAUCAGUUUCUACUGAAGCUCCUAGAAAACCAGUGAGCUCUGCCUCACAGUAAUCUAGAUGCUCAUUAGUGAAUGCUAGCAUGCUAACAUGCUAAUCCAAGAUGGUGGACACAGUAAAUGCAUUGAUGCCGAUUCUUUUUGUUCUUCAUCAUUUUUGAGCUCAACGUCUUUUAAUAAUCCGUUUCCUUCUUAACGCAGAAUGUUUGGCAAAGUUUCAAGUCCGACACAGCCCUAAAGAUAUUUCCCUGUUUCGUCCAGUUUCCACAGGCCCCGUAGGACUAACUAACUAACUAACUAACCAUAACUAACCAUAGAUGCUUCAGUAGUAAUCAGCUGGACUUCUCUGGUAGAUUCUUUUUAAGUAUCUACCAGAGAAUUCCAGUUGAUUUCCACUGAAGCUCCUAGAAAACCAAGGACCUCCCCCUCACCGUAACCUGGAUCUGUGCUCAUUAGUGAAUGCUAACAUGCUAACAUGCAGUUCAUGCAGAACUGAAUCUUUACUAGGCAUUAGAUUCUCACUUAUGGCUGGUAGGAGACACUGUGUUUGUGGUGCACUGCUGCGAUUGGCCGAUGGACUACAAUUAAAGAUGGCUGCCAGGUCAUCCCACUGAACCAAAGUGAAGCUGAAAUAUUGUGGAAACAGCUGCAGCCAUCUUGUUCUGCUGAUUUACAACCACAGUCUGUGCAGCAGUGACCAGGAGGGUGGAGACAUAUUAUUGAGGCCCCGCCCAUACAUGCGGACACAGCCCCUAAACCUAACGUAGACCAGCCGCCACCAUCUUGGCUCUGAUGCUUAUCAUUUUCUAGAUAACAGUUAUUAUUACCUGUGCGUUAUCAAGCUAGCUAGUUGCCUAUCAACUACUUUACCCCGUAAAUUGUUUGGGAUCUUAGCUCGCUAGCUACAACAUCUAUAUUAAAUUGCUAUUUAUGUUAGCUCACGUAGCCCAGCUGUAUGCUGAUUAUGUUCCAAAUACCAAUAAUUAGCAGCUGUUAGCUGUAUAUCUAGCAGGCUAACUGUCAACUACUUUGCUCUAUAGAUUAGUUGUGAUCUUAGUCUGCUAGCUUUAACAUUAGCAUUAACUAACUAAUUACGUUAGCUCAUAUAGUUCAGGUGCUGCAAUUUUUACAAUGCUAGCUGUAAGCUGAUCAUUCUCCAGAUAACAUUAUCUAGCACUAGCUAGCUAACUACAUAUACUCUUCUUCAUAGAUUGGUUCAGAUCUUAGCUUGCUAACUAUACCAUUAGCAUUAACAUGCUAAUGACAUUACUUCACAUAGCUCAGCCACUGCCAUCUGGACUGUCUCACUGUAUACUAAUGAUUUUUAGAUAACAAUGAUUAGUAGCUGCUAGCUGUGUUACUAACUAGCUACAUGGCAGCUACUUUUCCCCAUAGAUCAUUUCUGCUCGUAGCUUUCUAGCUUUAAUAUAAGCACUGCACUGCUACGGUAAUUAUAUUUGCUCACAUAAUUCAGGUGCUGAGAUCUUGACUGUCAUGGACACUGGCUGUUUGUUAAACAGAUUCUAGAUAAUAUUCAUCAGUAGCUGCUUCCUGUCUACCUAGCAAACUACAUAUCAGCCACUUUACCUCCAUAGGUCAGUUGGGAUUUUAGCUUGCUAGCUAUACCAUUAGCAUUAUAUACUUCACAUAGCUCAGUCACUGCCAUCUGGACUGUCUCACUGUAUGCUAAUAACAUUUUAGAUCACAAUGAUUAGUAGCUGCUGGCUAUGUUGCUAACUAGCUACAUGGCAGCUACUUUUCCCUAUAAAUUGUUUCUGUUCUUAGCUUUCUAGCUUUAACAUUAGCAUUAACCUGCUAAUUAAAUUAGCUCACAUAGUUAAUCUGCCACCACUUUGACUGUCUGGGCCACUGGCUGUUUGCUGAUUACUUUCUAGAUAAUAUUUAUUAGUAACUGCUGCCUGUCUAGCUAGCUAGCUAACUACAUAUCAGUUACUUCUCACCAUAGAUUGGUUGGGAUCUUAGCGUGCUUGGUAUAGCAUUCCCAUUAACAUGCUAAUUACAUUACUUCACAUAGCUCAGCUGCUGCCAUCUUGACUGUCUCACUGUAUGCUAACGAUUGUUUAGAUAACAAUGAUUAGUAACUGCUAGUUGUCUUUUCAGCUAGUUUUCCCCAUAGAUUGUUUCUGUUCUUAGCUUUCUUGCUUUAAUAUUAGCAUUAACUUGCUAUUUAUAUUAGCUUAUGUAGUCCAAUUGCCGCCAUUUUGACUGUCCAAGCCACUGGCUGUUUGCUGAUUACUUUCUAGAUAAUAUUUAAUAGUAACUGCUUUCUGUCUAGCUAGCUAGCAACAUAGCAACUACUUUUCACCACAGAUUGUUGGGAUCUUAGUUUGCUAAUCAUAGCAUUAGCAUGAACUUGCUAAUUACCAAAUCAGUAAAAUGUGAAUGCAAUAAGAGCUUAAUGUUGAAGAAAGCAGAUUUAAAAAAACAUUAAGACAGAUUUUAGUUGACUGUUUAGCUUCAUCUGCUAACAUGGAGGUUGACGACCAACAACCGGAUGUUUUGGCUUCACCUCUGUAAAGUUCUCAGUCUGUGAGUUGGACAGUUAAAGACGUCUGUUUCUUUGCAGCGUUUGGACCAACAGGAAGCUAGUUAGCCUCGUUAGCUCGCUAACACCUACAUCCUGGCAGCUACUGCUUCUUUCUGAAGUCAGUUUAAACUCAGAGUGACUAAUACAGCAACGCCGCUGUUUCCUCCUGUUUGUUUCUCUUCACGUCUCCUGAAUGUCACACUUUCUCCCUCGGUUUCUGGAAGUCGUCCUUAAACGCCCCAUCAGAGCAACGAACACUUCAAUGUGACGGAUGACAGUGGGACAAACCAGCGUCUGUGGAGCUGCAGAUCGAUGCAGCCUUCAGGGCCAGAAAGUCAUUUCAAAUGUGAUGGAGACCUUCAGCUGACCAGUUUAUCCUCCUGUAGCUGUUUCUGUUUCAGCCUGUUUUUAAAUAAAAGACUCCCGGAUGGUU